AUGGCUCCCCAAAAGUACAGUGAAGCUGUAAUCGCCCGUUUUUCUCACUCCCGGUUGCUGGAGGCGUGCGAGGAAUGGGGUCUUUCCUAUGAUACCAGCCUGCUGGUUUCAGAGAACCGCGCUCGCCUGGCACGUCGAAUUGUAGACGGUGACGUCGUUUGUAAGAAGCAGGAUCUCUCGGAAGUUUCAGGACGAGCAUGCGCAGCCAGCGAGGCUGAUGCUUCUGCACCUUUGCCACCGCCUUCCACUCCUCCACCAGACUCGUUUCUCUGUAGCGGGUGCAACUUGGAUAUCCCCAACAGUGACCGCAGUUGCUUACCUAAAUACUGCAAGCAAUGCUUUGAACACGAGCUUGCUGAGCUGUUGAAGCCCCAGUCGAGCUCCAAUGCAGAGGGUGUAGCAGAUGGGAACGCAAACUCUGGGUCUGGAAGUGGGGCAAUUUUACAAUCUCUGGCCGCUGUGGCCGAGGACUUUUCUGUAGAUGCACGGAAUGUUGUGUGUGUGCAGUGCUCGCGCCCAGUGACGUCAGAGAACAAAUCUCCAGUUCCUGAAUGCUGCUUUGAAUGUUGGCAAAAGCAAGAGAAAUUGGAGGAGGAGAUUCUUGACGCCAAGCCUGGCGUCGAUGAGAAAAGGAUUGCAGAGGAAGGCAAGAAUGAUGAUAUUUUGCAUGUUGCCAACGACCAGAGAAGGUGGGAGAUGUACGGCGCACUGGCUACCAUGAUACACCGCGGGGACGAUGGCUGUGGAAGUGCGUAUGCAGUUUCCAUCCGUGCAGAUCUCCAACCUCUCAAGAUCAACAGGAACAAGUUGGGAUCGAUACUCAAAUUGCUGCAGACCGAAGGCACUUUGCCCAGACAAGUCCCCUUGAAUUUUCGUACAGGAAGAAGCCAGGGGCACAGCUUGUCGGAUGCGGAGAAGCGUGUCUUCCUGCAGUUCAUCCAGUGGCAUGCAACUCAUGGCAACGCCUUGUCUGUUGAAACUUGCAGACGGGCGCUGUGCUUCAUGGCAAUGGAAAAGAGUGGUGUUCUGGAUGAUGCGCUAGGUGAUCCUGCUUCCUUAGAGAUGGACGACUUUGAUGUUCCAAGCCGUUGGGAGACCUUUCGACAGUGGGUCAAGGCGACGCAGCCGAAAAGUGAGUGGCUGACAGUUGCGAAACUCAAAGCCCGCUCACCGGUAGAAGCAACAGCUUGCAAUGCAGAGACGAUCACGAAGACUUACAACGAGUGGGAAGCACUCCUGAGAGAGUUGGGAAUUUCCGAUUGUGACGGUAGAAUCAAAGCUGACCAAGCCCAUAGAGUGAUUGUGGUGGACGAGAAAGGCUUUUCGCAGAGGGCUGACAAUCUCUCGAAAGGAGUCAUUAGCAACAGCUUGAAGAACAAAGCCUCCACAAUGACUUCGACAGCCACUUGGGAACACAUUACUUGCACUUCCUGGCUUCCCUUGGCCCCGCUUCCUUCAAAGGUGGUCCUACCGUGUGGAAUUGUGGUGCCAACAAAAGGCACAAACGAUACCAUGAAACAAAUUUGGCCAGAAGCUUGCAUUGAGGGCAACAGUGGAGGAUCCAGCACUAGCUCUAUUUUUUGUCUUUUCCUUCUCAAGUGCCUCAUUGAGCCCAUGAGAAAAGUUGAAGAGAAAGAAAUCCUGCUCAUCAUGGACUCAGGCGGGGGUGCAUAUAUGCACCUCUCGUGGCAAUUCCUGUCCCUGUGCGAGACGCAUCGCAUACGGCCGUACAUGCUGAGAGGUUAUUUGACCCGGGCUUUGUGCGCUCUUGACCAAGAGCCACAUGCUUGCAUGGCUCGGCUUUGGUCCGCCUUCAAAGGCAAGUGGAAGAACAACUUGAAUAUGUACCAGGCCCUUCAAGCAAUCAGAGAGAUCACCCAAGAGUCUCUGACAGAGCAAAGGGCUGCUGCUGGGUGGGCAAGGGUGGGUCUGAAAGCUGGAAGGUCUAUAGACAGAGAUGUCGUUUUGGUUGAACGAUACAGCGAGGUGAUCCAAAGCUACAAAUACGCCGAGAAGCCGCAGACGCCCCUGAUGCAAGUCAUUGAGAAGUGCUCACCUAGCAAGUCCCGCUGUAAGGCGUGCCAGGUCUGGGUCUUGGCAACAAGCAAGUAUUGUCAAAACUGUUCCAUUCCCAAUGAAAAUUUCGAGAAGGGUACCUAUGAGGUGCACCGUGAUGGCAAAAGGUCAGGGUGGAAGAGUGCUUCAGAGGUGGAGGUACCCGAGGGCGAUACAAGUUUCAGCCGUGAAGCAGUGACAGAUUUGUUGGCAGAACUGCGCUCUAGGACCAAAAAACAAAAGACCUCUGAUUCAGCAACGCUUCCGCCUUCCAAAGAACCUGAAAGCGGCGCAGCUGCUGCCAGUGGGAAGGAACCGUCGGCUGAGGUCAAUGAAAGUGACCAGGAAUGGGAUUUGAACACAUGCGAUGGCUGUGUGCACUAUUUGGCUUCUCUUUUUCCAAGGAGAGGCGAGAGCGUGUGCGGCCAGUGGCAGAUUUCUUUGUGCGAGAGCAUUUACAGCCCCAAGUCAGGAAGUCAAUGCCGCUCUACAAGAUAA